GCCGUCGAACCGACCGUCAACGGUCCGUUCGAGCUGCUCCGGACCCGCGAGCCCGAUUCAACGAGCGAAUAAAGAGCCGGAGACAUGAUUUUAGCGGCAUAUUUAACGUUUAUCUCCGUAAUGUCGUCGGUCGGAGUGGCGAAGACCGGAGGGGACGACGACUGGGUCUACCUGCCCAACAAAUGUGAAGUCUGUAAGUUCGUCAGCAUCGAGAUGAAGUCGGCCUUCGACGAGACGGGAAAGACCAAAGAGGUCAUCGGCCGGAACUACGCCUUCAUCGGCGGCAAGGGGGCGGCGCCCAUCAAAUACGUCAAGUCAGACCUCCGGUUCAUCGAGGUGGUGGAGAACGUCUGUCAGAGGCUGUUGACGUACAACCUGCACAAAGAGAGAAGUGGAAGUAACCGCUUUGCCAAGGGGAUGUCGGAGACGUUCUCCACCCUUCAUGGCCUGGUGAACAAAGGUGUGAACGUGGUGAUGGACAUUCCCUUCGAGCUCUGGAACGAGACGUCUGCGGAAGUGGCCGACCUGAAGAAACAGUGUGACGUGAUGAUCGAGAAGUACGAGGACGUGAUUGAGGAUUGGUACAAAGGAAGUCAGGAGGAAGACCUCACCUCCUUCCUUUGUGAGAGGCAUGUCCUCAGAGGACAAGACAAAGCGUGCCUGGACGAGGAGUGGUCACCAACGAAGAAGAAGGGCGACCAGGCGGCCAUCGCGGAGGACAAGAAGAAGAAAAAGAAGAAGAAGAAGAAAGGGGGGAAGAAGGGAGCGGGAGGGGACGGCGGCUCGGAGGGGGAGAAGAAGAAGAACGACAAGAAACCCAAGAAGAAGAAGAAGAGCAAGGCGGCCGUGGAGAGAGGAGGGGGGGCGUCGUCGGGCGAGGACGUCCAGCCGGCGGUGCCUCUGCCUGGGCACAAGGUGGAGCUGUGAGACCCCCCCCCCCCCCCCCUGGAUCAGAUGGUUUAUUCCAAACUCAGUACAAAUAAUUCUUGAAUAAAAAGCAGCGAGAAGCUGCAGUUCAGUUCUGUUACACGUUUAGAUUCCUUUACUUCCGCUUCCUGUGUGUGAGGAGUCCUCGAAGGCUUGUUUUAGUCUUUAAGGCUUAUUUUAGUUUUUAAGGCGCAUCGUUUUUUAUUUAAUUUUUUUGUUUCAUUUGAUAUUUUUUGAACUUUUGCCAAUCGAUUGUAUUGAUUAUUACGACAUCACACGUGAACCAAUGAGAUGUUGAGGAGGCAAACGUUAAAAUCAACUCAUUAAUUCACUGUAAAGGGGAAAUUAAUUCACCUACAAUCUUAGUUUGAGAGAUUUGUUGCAGAACACGCAAACAAUUUUUAUUUCUCUUGUUUAUGUGAUUUAUUCAUUAAAUUUUUUCAGUAGUGAUUUAAAAAAAAAAGAAAUUUAUAAAUUUAUUUUAUUUGUAACAUUAAAUUAAUUAAUUGUUGCCGGGCGACACAGAAAAUCUGACAUCUCGAAAUCUUUCAUAUAAAAAUACCUCGAGCAAUACAAUAGUGACUAAUUAUAAUUUAAAAAAUAUUUGAAUGAGAUUGGUGAUAAAUAAUCAGCAAUAACGUUGAUAUAACCACUAAAUACUUUACAUUUCUAAAAUAUGACACGGUAUCUAGUCAUGAUAUUGAUUAGAUAUUGAUAUUCUCUAAAUUGAUCAGCCUAUUGAGAAGCUCCAGAUUAAUGUUCUUUACUUAUUUCCCCUCGGUUGAAUGUAAAUGUAGAUUUGUGUUUAAAAAAUGUGAAUUUUUAUGUUUUUCUUCUUUUUUGUGUGUAAAACUUUUGAUUUUGAUUUGUUUUUAUUUUAUUUCAUUUGUUGGACCUUUAAAAAAAAUCGCUUUUCCCUUCCUGACGUUGUCAUAUUCUGACAUGACGGUGGAAUCUUUGUGUUUCUCUGUCUCAGAUUCAGUGAAAUUACUUUUUUAAAUUUUGUUAAAUUUUUUUUUAAUGUCCGUAAUUUAUGUUUCUGUAUCUUCUCCCAUUUAUUAUCCGUGUGUGUGCUUGCUGACUCCCGUGCUGAAGGUUGUGCGUUUGUGUGUUUUUACAGUUUUUUUUAUUGUGAAGUAAAUUGCUGACUGUGUUGUAUUGAACCCAUGAGCAAUGGAUCAAUAAACAGGUUUCAACGCUC